CAGCAAAGAACCAUUUAAAAUUGUUGUUUGGUUUCGAUUAUAUAAAGUGUGAUGUUGAUUCUUGUGCUAUUCCAAUGGUAUUCUACAUCUCAGAAUUUAAGAAGAACGAAUUGAACAAAUAUGGAUCACCACUGGACAUUCGUGACGCGACAGAGAGCAACAUUACUGAGUGGCAGGUCCUCUACACCAGUCAAUUAACUCAGAAGGCCAAAAAGUAUCAUGAUGGUAACUUGAAAGUUGUUACUUCUGGAUCCAAAGGGAACCAGGUCAUGCUAUAUGAUGCAAGCGGGAGACUCUUAGACAGUAAAUUUCUUAGGAAGAACGAAGUAAUUGCCUCGGGAGUAUCAUUGAUUCUUGAUGGUUAUUUGGUUGAUAUAGGAGAACCUGAAGGUGGAGGCCAUAAGCCUCCCAGUGAUCCCUUGAAUAUUAUCAAAGUCAUUGAAAAAGCAGAGACUGGAAAUCUCGGUCCAACUAAAAAGAGGUCUCCAUCAAAUCUUCAUAGUGGCUUUGAAACUGCUGUUACAGAAUGGGAUGUUCUUUAUACCACUCAGGUAACCCAAAAGGCCAAAAGGUACAAUACUGGCAUACUCAGACUUGCACCUUGUGGUUCCUGCAGGUUGAAGGCUGCUUUAUCAAGUGAAGAUGGAACUGUUUUGAGCUGUAAAUUUCUGAAGUUAUCUGAAGGUGUAAGAAGUGGGAUCAUAUUUCAGAUGCCAAAUUAUCUGGUGGAAGUUGGUGAUCAAAGGAUGAGAGAACCUGAAAAAAUUGUCUGUAAAAAGGAAAACCUGAUCCCCCAGUUUAAAAGAACUAUUGUGGAAGUCAUUCCAACUGAAACAAAUGUUUGUACAGAGGAAAAACUGAUCCCCCAGUUUAAAAGAUCUAUUGUGGAUGUCAUUCCAAAUAGAAGAUCCACUGUGGACAAGCCUUCACAUGAUGAACCUGAAAAAAUUGUCUGUAAAAAGGAAAACCUGAUCCCCCAGUUUAAAAGAACUAUUGUGGAAGUCAUCCCAACUGAAACAAAUGCUUGUAGAGAGGAAAAACUGACCCCCCAGCUUAAAAGAUCUAUUGUGGAUGACAUUCCAAAUAGAAGAUCAACUGUGGACAAGCCUUCACAUGCUGGAAAGCCUGAAUCAUGUGCUUGGCCGGGAAGUUGCAGAUCUAGUUUGAAGGAAGCCAUAAGCACUAAAAUAGAAAAUAUUGACAAGCCUUUACGUGAUGCACAAGGAAUUUUGUCCAUCCUAAAAAAAUCUAUGAAACCAGAGUGUAGCCUACCGAAACCAUCCUUGGUAGAUCAGAAAAUUGAUCCCAACUGUUCAGAUCAUAAUCACUGUGAUAUGAAGAAUCUGGCCACUAGGGAGCAUGUGGAGGAUUUUGACAAGGACCCAACGGACAUUCUUGUGACAGUAACCAGGCAGAGCUUUAGUGGAGAAAGAGAUCCAAUUAAUGUUCAAAAUUAUCCUUCAGAUGAUGAAGAUAAAGGAGACUCAAAAACCACACACUCUCAAGGAUUGGAAACUUCAGACAUUACAAAGACUGAUCUAGAUGCAGGAAUUACUCCAGUUUUGCACGAUCAACUAAAUGCACAUGUAGACGAGGAUUCUAUUCAAUUGAUGUCCUUGGAUGGUGAAGCAGGAUUCAGUGCCAAGGAACUAUCAGCUGAAGUGAGACUUGAGAUCCCCUCCCAGUCAAAUGCAGACAUGAGAAUAACGCCUGGAACAAAUUCGGUCAACAAUGCAUCUCACUACCCUGUUAAUAGAAAAGAAAAGAGAGCGCAAACGAGUCUUAGUGAAGAGGAACCAUUCAGUUUCAGUCUUGGUUUUUGAUGAAUAAUCUAGAUCUCUACGCCACACUACAUCAUUCGGAGUUGCCAAAAACAGUUGCUGAUGCCUUCAGAAUACUUGAAGCUGGACUUAAUACAAAUAGACCUACCCUUCCUUUUAUUAAUAAUGUUUAGAAAUGACUUUUGAUAACAACUUCUGUUGAAAAAUAAAUAUAACAUUGAGAUUAUCUUCUUGCUACAAAACUGAUUACUCUUAUUGAGAUAUAUAAAAUGUGUCUCAUU